UCAAGUGCGCCGAAAUAAGUCAAUGAACACCUCAGUUAGCAGAUAAACAUUUUUAUAUAAUAUUUACUUUUAUGGCCGGUUUUGAUUGUUGACCUUUAUGUCAGUUCUGCCUUUAUCCCACUAUUUUUCAUCUCUUUGUGAUAAAGGUAGCGUGAUGUUUUUCGCCAUUAGUAUAUGAUGAUAUGCUUAUCUCAUACAAAAUAGCGUCAUGGAAACAAGUUAUUUGUGCCUAAUUCUUUCAUGUUUUGUCGCCGUUGAAUCAGCUUCUGAUUUUCAUCUCCUCAUCUUACAUCAAGGCGAUAUUCACUCUCGAUACCAGCCCGUCGAUAGCCUGGGCAUCACCUGUGCCAACGAGGACUUCCAAAGAGGUACUACAUGCCACGGUGGUUUUGAUCGAGCCGUUGAUUACGUAAAGCGUGUCAAGAUGGACCCCUAUACUAGAAAUGUUCUCGUCGUCAACAAUGGAGGGUUUUUCUACGGUGAAAUGUUGCAUACCAUCUUUAAAUGGAAGGUAUCCGCAGAUCUUGCAAGUAUGAUGCCAUACGACGCUCUUGCUUUGGGCGACAAGGAGUUUCACGGUGGUCUAGAGCAGUUAAUGGGUUUCAUUAGGUCGUUUCCUCCAAAUCUGUUUGUGUGCACCAAUCUGAACUUCGAUAAAUUUAAUGCCUCUAUGCGUGAGGAGUUGGCCAAGUUGUGUCCGCCACACCGGAUCCUGACGAUCGGCGACAAGAAUAUUGGCAUCGUCAGCUACCUGACGCCAGACGUCAUGGAGCCCUUGAAGGUGCCAGAGGUUCACAUCGAGGACGAAAUCGAGGCACUGACCCGCGAGGUGGCUGUGCUGAGAGAGAAGGGCAUUAAGCUGUUUGUUGCGCUCGGUCACUCAGGCUACGAACGUGACCAAGAGAUCGCUCACCGCGUGCCCAGUCUGGAUGUGAUCGUUGGGGGUCACUCGCACACUCUGCUCUGGCCUGACCCCAUCAGUCACCAGGCAGCCGGGGUGCCCUCUGACCCAGAAGACGCUGGGAGGGUGCGUGGUCCCUAUCCAACAGUGGUGGUGCAGCCCAGCGGGCGACGUGUUCUCCUCUUGCACGCUUACUUUGCCGGCAAGUACGUCGGCAAUAUCAACAUUACCUUCAACGCUGAUGACGAGGUCAAGGACUGGUGGCCGCAACCGCAGCUGCUGUACGAGAGCAUGCCGCAGGAUCCAGAAACCAAGGCGGUGUUGGAUGACCUGGUGGAGCAGAUGACGAACAGGUCACAUGAAGUCAUCGGUCACUCUCUUGUGCAGCUCGUCGGCAGGGCCGAGAUGUGCUUCCAGGAGGAGUGCAACCUGGGCAACCUGAUGGCGGACGCCAUGCUGUGGGCGCUGAGGAUGUACGUGCCGGACGUUCCGAUUCAGCUACCUGUGGUGGCCAUCGUCGAUGCUGCCAUCGUCCGCAACAAUAUCCAGCUGGGGGUCGUCACGCGCCGCAUGCUCACCGAAGCGCUAUCCUUCCGUAACCUGAUUGAGGUGAUCGUUGUGAACGGCAGCACGCUUCUGGCUGCUCUGGAACACGGUGCUUCGGACAUCGAACACAGCAGGGGCAGGCUACUCCAGGUGUCGGGGAUCACGUACAAGGUGGACAUGUCGCACCCGCCCUACCAUCGUGUUAGUGAGGUCAACAUUCUCAGUGCUGAGGGCAUGGUGCUGAUCUGGCGGCCCAUCAACGCGUCAAGACACUACCAUGUAGCGGUCAACGACUACGUCGCAAACGGCGGACAUAAUUUUCACAUGCUGACACAGCCGAUAGAGAGGCAGAGCUUCGGCAUACUCGACAUCAACUUGUUAGAGAACUUUUUGAAGAAGACGUCGCCGGUCUAUACGCACGUGGGCGAUCGGCUCAGGGUGUUUCGACCCGAGAUCAAAAUAGAUCUGGGGGAGGUCUACGAUCACGAUCACGAUCAUCAUCACUCUGGGGCUAGCCAAGUGUUGGGUGAUCCGUACAGCCUGCAACUUUGCGUGUUUUUCCUGGUUGCCUGGUGUAGAGACUAGAGACUAUUCUCAUAGUAUAUGUAUUGAGUGCUCGCCAACAAAAUUAGAUUCUUUGAACGGGCCUCAUCUCAUUUCGGUGCAUGUCGAUAAGCAUGUUUGAUCAUCACAUCAUCUUACCUCUCAAAUAUACAUACCCGUGCCGAACGGGAAAGGUAUUCCUC